AUGCAUGGAUUACAUGAGUAUCUUACAACCAACCUCCAGGAUGACUUACAAUAUGAAGCAACUGAAGUUCAGUUUCAGAACAUGAAGGAAAAGACAGGGACAGCCUUUUCUGCCUCAGGGAGGAAUAGAAAUAUAGACCGCAAUGAUGGAGACCUCCCAGAUGUGCACAAGAAGCUGCCCUCCAGCGCUGGAGAGGACUGAGCCGUGCUGCUAGGGUUUGCAAUGAUGGGCUUCUCUGUCCUCAUGUUCUUCUUGUUUGGAAUCACCAUCCUAAAGCCUUCCUUGCUAAGCACUCAGAGGGAAGAAUCAAACUGCACUAUCAUCCACACUCAUAUCAUGGAUGACUGGAUAGACUGUGCUUUCACCUGUGGUGUGGACUGCCGAGGCCAGGGCAAGUACCCAUGUCUUCAGGUGUUUGUGAACCUCACGCAUUCAGGUCAGACUCUCCUACAUUAUAAUGAAGAAGCUGUCCAGAUAAACUCCAAGCGUGAGGUUACAGACUGCAAAGUUAAAGAAAAGCAGACAUUGACAGUUUCUGAUGAGCACAAACAGUAA